UAGUGAAGUUGCCGUUCUUUGUUAGGUCAGUUUCAUUGUCGGUUUCAAGCUUGGGGUAAACUGACCAUACGAGGUGGCCAAGGUAUUAAGAUGGACUCGCUGAAAGUCUUGCUGGUGCUGACCUCAUCUCUGGCCCUAGCGGCGGGGGACUUUGUCACAGUGUAUCUGUCACAGAAUCAGGGCGUUAAAGGCGAUACUAAAAAACUACGAGACGGAACGGUCAUCAGCAUCUUUAAAAAUAUUCCUUUUGGCGCCUCCACAGCUGGUGACACACGAUUUGCAGAGCCGAAAGAAGCACAGCCAUGGACUGGCGUUAGAGAUGCAUUGGCUUUCGGUGGGCGAUGUUACCAGAUGAAUGAAUCUCUCGCUCCGAAAUGGCAAUUUGAGACAGAGGAUUGCCUCAACCUCAACAUCUACACACCAGACAUCAACGGGUCUCUUCCCGUAAUGGUUUUCAUACACGGUGGAGGGUUCGACUCGGGUUCGGGCUCAUACUCGUUAUACGAGAGCUCCACCCUCGCAGCGAACGGUGUGGUAGUGGUUACAAUAAACUACAGGCUCGGCCCCUUCGGCUUCCUGUCCACAGGCGACGAUGUCAUGCCGGGCAACUACGGGCUUCUGGACCAGGUGCUCGCCUUGAAGUGGGUCCAGAAGUACAUCAGAGAGUUUGGCGGGGACCCCGACGAGGUAACCAUCUUCGGAGAAAGCGCGGGCGCUGCCUGUGUGUCCUUGCAUGUGUUGUCGCCCCUUUCCAAAGGGUUGUUUAAGAGAGCGAUUAUGGAGAGCGGCGACUCACUGAACGCAUGGGCAGUAGAAAGGCCGACCACUCUAAUCAAGUCCGCAGACUACGCCAAAGCUAUCGGAGCCAGGGUAGGAUGCAAUCAGACUACUUCCCAAGCUUUUCUCGACUGCCUCAGAGGCGUUAGCGCUUACUCUUUGAUGGUGGCGGGAGAAAACGUGCAAGAAGAGCUCGGCGUGGAGAUCCUCGCCACUCCAAGAGUGGAGACGAAAUUCGGCUUUCUCCCGGAGUAUCCAGAAGACCUUCUGGCUAAAGGCGCUUUUCAAAAAGUUGACACACUCAGAGGCUACAAUUCUGGCGAAUACGCUUUCGUUAUUACAGAUGACGAGAAUGAUGGCGUUACUCGAGAGGAGUUUGUCAAAUACUUUCUUAAAAUUACAGAAAACUACGCCUUCGAAAAUAGCACCCUUGAGGAUCUUAAGGAAAUAAUUGAUGCAGAAUACUUAAGGAAUGAGACCGACAAGCUUGCUUUGAGAACCAGUUUGAUUCGAGGUCUUACCGACCUCCUGUUUGCAACAGCACAAGUUCUAGAUCUUGACAAACUCUUGGCCCACGAUUACGGGAACACACAACACUACCUCUACCAGUUCAACUAUGUCGUCGAGUCGAUACUAAACUUGCAGAGCCUGAUGCCCAAAUGGAUGGGCGCCACCCACACGGGCGAGCUCCCUCUGGUAUUUAGGGACGAAUCCGCCUUCGCCGAACUCCUGUCGACCCAGAAUCAGAAAGACGUCGGACUCCUCACACAGAAGCUUUGGACCAACUUCGCCAAAUUUGGCAACCCCACCGAGAAUGCCACCGCUGUGCAAUGGGCGCCAUACACCACAGCGAAUAGGGAGAUGAUAAUAAUUGAUGUCCACCCCAGUAUGUCUUCCUAUCCCAGGCCCGACUUCGUGCCAAUCUAUGAAAAAAUUUUGGCUCUUUUCAGAAAUAAAACAGACCUCGCUUCUAUUCUAGGCUAAUAGAAUAUUGAAUCAAAAGGAACUUGAAUAAAACUGAACCAGUGACCUCUAGUUUUUAAAUUAUCACAUUGACAAAACUACAGUCUUAACAAUAAAAUAUUACAAAUUAAUGUUCAAAAUAA